AUGGAGCCUACAUUGGGCGGUGAGAUGAAGAGUGGAGCUGGAGCGGCAACCGGAGAGUGCAUGAAUAGGAUCCCGGUGCCAAGACCUCCCUCCAUUGAGGAGUUCACCAUAGUGAAGCCUAUUAGCCGCGGCGCCUUUGGGAAGGUGUAUCUGGGGCAGAAAGGGAACAGGUUGUAUGCGGUGAAGGUUGUCAAAAAGGCAGACAUGAUCAACAAAAAUAUGACUCAUCAAGUACAAGCUGAGAGGGACGCACUGGCCCUAAGCAAAAGUCCUUUCAUUGUCCAUUUGUACUAUUCCCUGCAGUCAGCAAACAAUGUCUACUUGGUAAUGGAAUAUCUCAUUGGUGGAGAUGUCAAGUCCCUUCUACAUAUCUAUGGCUAUUUUGAUGAAGAGAUGGCCGUGAAAUAUAUAUCUGAAGUUGCAUUGGCUCUAGACUACCUUCAUAGACAUGGAAUCAUUCACAGGGAUUUGAAGCCAGACAAUAUGCUUAUUUCUAAUGAAGGUCAUAUUAAACUAACAGAUUUUGGCCUUUCCAAAGUUACUUUAAAUAGAGAUAUCAACAUGAUGGAUAUUCUUACAACACCAUCCAUGGUGAAACCUAGACAGGAUUAUUCAAGAACCCCAGGACAAGUAUUAUCUCUCAUCAGCUCUUUGGGAUUUCAGACACCAGUUGUAGAAGAAAAUCGUGACUCUGCAAGUGUUCUUUCGACUCAUGUAUCUGAAACAUCACCACUUUCUCAAGGACUAACUUGUCCUAUGUCCAUAGAUCAAAAGGACAUUACUCCUUAUUCUAGCAAGCUACUAAAAUCAUGUCCCGAAAUGGUUGCCUCCCACCCCCGGAUGCCCGUGAAGUGUCUAACUUCCCACCUCCUCCAGUCUAGGAAGAGGCUGGCAACAUCCAGCACCAGCAGUCCGUCCCAUACCUUCAUAUCCAGCGUGGAAUCCGAGUGCCACAGCAGUCCCAGAUGGGAAAAGGAUUGCCAGGAAAGUGACGAUGCAGCAGGCUCCACAAUGAUGAGUUGGAAUACAGUUGAAAAGCCUUUAUGCACAAAAUCUGUAGAUGCCAUGGAGACCAAAAGUUUCAGUGAAAGGGAUCUUGAGUUAGCUCUUUCUCCCAUUCGUGGCAGCAGCGUCGUUCCUGCCACUGGAGACUCUUACGUUAACCAUGCUAAAAAAUGUUCUUCAGGGGAAGUUUCUUGGGAAGCAAGACAACUAGAUGUAAAUAGUAUCAACGUGACUGCUGACACAAGCCAGUCUGGUCUCCAUGAAUCAAAACAGUGGGAUGUGGAUUCUGGUGGGAUGACUGAAGAGCACCUUGGGAAAAGAAGUUGUAAAAGAAUUUUUGAAUUAGUUGACUCCAGUCCUCGUCAGGGAAUUAUACCAAAUAAAAAAAGUCGCUUCGAGUAUGAGCGUAAUGAUGAAACGACAGAUCGUUAUGCAGAUCAAAGGACAGGCCUGACGGCGGAAGUCCAGGACCUUAAGCUGGUGGCAUGCAGGGACCAGCGAGAUGACUGUGUGGAUACAGAGAGUGCGGGCGGUCCUUUUACUGAUGAACACCAAACCCCAGAAAAAUCGUCUGUCCCAAUGACAGGAAAACACCUUAUGUGUGAGCUGGAUGACGAUUGUGACAAGAAUAGUAAGAAGGACUACUUAAGUUCUAGUUUCCUAUGUUCUGAUGGUGAUAGAACUCCUAAAAGUAUUCACAUGGACUCUGAUUCAUCUUUUCCUGGAAUUUCCGUCAUGGAAAGUCCGUUAGGAGGGCAGUCUUUAGAUCCAGAUAAAAACAUCAGAGAAUCCUCUUUGGAAGAAUCAAAUAUUGAAGACCUCCUUCCUGUAUCACCCAGCUGCCAAGAAAGUACCUUGCCAAAAGGUGUUGAGUGUCCUACCAUCCAAGACAGCAGCCAAAAAAUGUUGGCUCCUUCUUCAGAGGCCUUAAAGCCAUUAACCUCUAAGAGAAAUGCUGUGGCAUUUCGGAGUUUUAACAGUCACAUUAAUGCUUCCAGUAGCUCCGAACCUUCUAAGAUGAGCGUCGCUUCUUUAGAUGCGAUGGAUACUUCGUGUGCCUGUAGUGGGUCAUAUCCCAUGGCUAUCACCCCUACUCAGAAAGAAAGAUCCUACAUGCCAUAUCAGACCCCAAAUCAGGUCAAAUCAGAAACUCCAUACCGAACUCCAAAGAGUGUGAGAAGAGGGGCAGCCCCAGUGGACGACGGUCGAAUCCUGGGAACGCCGGACUACCUCGCGCCCGAGCUGCUGUUAGCCAGGGCCCAUGGUCCUGCAGUAGACUGGUGGGCCCUUGGAGUUUGCUUGUUUGAAUUUCUAACAGGAAUUCCCCCUUUCAAUGAUGAAACACCACAGCAAGUAUUCCAGAAUAUUCUGAAAAGAGAUAUCCCUUGGCCUGAAGGUGAAGAAAAGUUAUCUGAUAAUGCUCAAAGUGCUGUGGGCAUACUCUUAACCAUUGAUGAUACAAAGAGAGCAGGAAUGAAAGAGCUGAAACAUCAUCCUCUCUUCAGUGGUGUGGAUUGGGAAAAUCUACAGCAUCAAAAAAUGCCAUUCAUACCCCAACCAGAUGACGAGACAGAUACAUCUUAUUUUGAAGCCAGGAAUAAUGCUCAGCACCUGACUGUAUCUGGAUUUAGCCUUUAG